UAAUUUAUCGUUAAGUAUUUAAAACAUGGAAUUCAAAUAUCGUGGAUGGGAAGGGGUCUCGCGGUACUUUCGCGAGCUUAGCAACCAGUAACCAUAGCAACUGGUGAAGUUUGGGUUACGUUGUGCUUGCUAACUAACGCGUAGUUUUGAACGUCUCUGGAAAAGGAAGAGUUGGGAGAUUAAUGAAAAAAGCGAAGGUUAAGAAGAAUGGACCCUGCGGACGGAAACCAAGACAGAAGCGAGCAGAGACUGCAGUCAGCUGCCUCCUUUAAGUCUUUCAUGAUGAAAACCAGCACGGACAGCAACCUAAACCUCUAUGACCACUUCACCAGGCUGCUUUUAAAGGUCAUGGAUGAGCACCCGCAUAAUGUGGUGGAUGUGAUUGAGAUUAUGAGCCAUGAUGUGAAGCGGGGUUUAUUUAAAGACAAGCAGAACACUCUGCGAGACCUUCCACAUACUACAGCUGCUGAGCUGUUGGCUGAGCAGCAGCGCCUGCUGUUUUCUCGACCAGAAGAGGCUGACCAGGAGGAGGAACUGAUAGAAACACCUCUUCCUAAUGUCUGUGAGAUUGGCUUUUACCUGGAGCAGGUGGGAGUGGGUCUGGGCAGAGAGGAGCUGCAGAGGGUCUUCCUUGCACUCAAGCAGCUUGUUGAGUCGCAGGCCCUGCUGCGCUGCCGACUGUGGGGCAAGAUUCUUGGAACAGAGAGCAGCUAUAUCAUUGCAGAAGCAGAGUACAGAGAGGGGGAGGAAGAGGAAAGUCAGAGCACUGAGGAAGGAGCUGAGGAAGAGGAGAGAGAGGCAGAGACUCAAGAAAAUGAGAUGGAUCUGCUUCCUCAGUCAACCUAUAAACCCCCACCAGCAGUACCAAAAGAGGAUUUAGGAACAGGUGCCAACAAGUACGUCUAUUAUGUGUGCAAAGAGCCUGGUCUUCCCUGGGUAAAGCUCCCUUCAGUCAGUCCUGCACAGAUCACUGUUGCUCGCCAGAUUCGUAAAUUCUUUACUGGGAGGCUGGACACCCCAGUCGUCAGCUACCCACCAUUCCCCGGGAAUGAAGCCAACUACCUGAGAGCACAGAUUGCACGGAUCUCUGCUGGCACACAGGUCAGCCCCCAGGGCUUCUUCCAGGCUGGGGAGGAGGAAGGUGAUGAGGAAGACGAGGCUCCUCGAGAUAGCUAUGAAGUGAAUCCGGACUUUGAGGGCGUCCCAGUUGUUGAGAUGGCUGAGUCUUUGUCCACCUGGGUGCAUCAUGUUCAGCACAUCCUGCAGCAGGGCCGCUGUACCUGGGUGAACCUGUCUGUGAAACCAGGAGAAGACUCUAAUGAGGAAGGAGAGGCCGAGGAGAAGGAAGAGGAGCCUGAUGAACCUGAGCCAGAAGUUGGACCCCUUCUGCUCACCCCGCUCUCCCAAGAUGCAGAAAUGUUCAACACUUUGCCCUGGACCUCCAAGGUGUCUUCCACUCUCACCCCUCAGCAUGCAGUAGCUCUGCUGCGUUCUAACCUCUGGCCAGGGGCAUAUGCAUAUGCUUGUGGAAAGAAGUUUGAGAACAUAUAUGUUGGAUGGGGUCUGAAGUAUGCAGGGGAAGGGUACAGCCCACCGGUUCCCCCGCCACCACAGAAACAGUAUCAAAGUGGACCAGAAAUCACAGAGUGCCUGGACCCAUCAGUGGAAGAGGAGCAGGUGCUGAAAGAAGCUUUAGAGGAGCAGCAAGCUGCCCAGGAGGAGAUGGAGGACUCAGACGAGGAGGAGGAGGAAGAUGACUGAACCAACAGUUACACAUUUUCUAUUUCUACGUUUUAUCUUUCAGUUAUUCAUUUGUAGUUGAUGGCCAAAUAAAUGAGUUCACACACCAACAUGGCUUGAUAUUGUCAAUUCAGUUAAAUAGUUUACAUAUACAGGACAGUGAAAAGACCAGCUAGUGUUUGCAUAUUUUGUUCAAGUUAUCCUGUGGAUUUUUGACUCAAACAAUCAGACAGUAUUUUACGUGUGGGUCCCUGUUUGGUUUGUUCUUUGACACAUGAUGUAAAUUCAUACACACUAUGGUUUCACAUUGUUCUAUUAAUCAAAGGACGGUGUUCAUGCGCCAAAAACAAAAGGAAAAAAUAAAUGUCAACUUUGUAAAGGUUUUGUGACAAGGGAAAUGUGGUUAAGAUGUUUGUUGGACAUUAACAACACACAUAAUGUUUGUUGGUGAAAAACACUGACUUGGAGUCUGACUGUAUAAAAAUACUAUACAAGCUUUCUUUACAGUACAAACCAUUAUGGACUUUAGAUGGACAAUAGAAAGGAUGACUAGUUUCUGUUUAGAAAACAUACUUUCUUGGGGAAAAAAAAUGCAGACAAACACAUGCAGACCAGUACCAGUAUUGGUGCAUCCAGUGGUGGAAUGUAACUAAGUACAUUUACUCAAGUACUCUACUUAAGUACAA